AUAUUUUAACUGGCUAAACGCUUUUUAGCUAGGCAUUAAAAUGAAAAAAAUAAAUUUUAAUCAAGGUGGAAGCCGAAUAUGAGUCGUUCGUUAGUAAUAUGUGUGAUUCCUGUUUUCAUUGACGUUAAUUUCCUACAGUUGCAAUGCCAGAUGUUUACACUGGCAAAUAAACAGGGGGAUGAGAACCUGUACAUAAUCAUGCAGAUUUUGUUUGUGUUUCUUAACAAAUAAGUGCAGUAACCCGCUCUUUUGUAUUGGAUUUAAGUUUGGCGGGCUUCACUUUUUAGUUCUAAACCUCCGUAUAGUGGAGAUGUGAAUAAAGGCGUAAAGGAGAUGCAUGUUUUUCCUAAAGCCAGUAAAGUAUUUGACAGAACCUGGGAGGCCGUAAUGGGAUUAGGAGCCCUGGUCUUCUGCCUUCCUGUUGAUACAACAAAAGGACUACAUCAUGAGGAAAAAGUGGAAGACUUAGUGACUUUGUUUACUUGGCAGAAGGCCGUAAUUUCCAUUUCCAGCACCAGUGAUGAUUAUCUUUUGAUUAUAUGCCUCAGUCUUUCGUCCACUCAGGGUUAUCUGUGUAUAGGAAUGUUUCAUUUGUACAGUUGAGCUGUUCUGUGAUGUACAAUGGAAGACUAUACAACUAGGACAUAUGGCACCAGUGGUCUAGACAGCCGGCCUUUGUUUGGGGAAACCUCUGCAAGGGAUCGAAUUAUCAGUUUGAUUUUAGGUGGAAUAACUGCUAUACUUUUUCUGGUGACCUUAAUCAGUGCAUUUGUCUUUCCUCAUUUACCUCCGCGUCCUCUGAAUGUUUUCUUUGCUGUGUGCAUAUUCUUGAACUGUAUUUCUGCAGGCAUUCUUAUUUGGUGGUACCGCCAGGGGGAUUUGGAACCAAAAUUCAGAUAUCUCAUUUAUUACAUCUCUGUUUCUAUCAUCAUUUUAUGCAUAUGUGCCAACCUGUAUUUCCAUGAUGUGGGAAAGUGACUGACUUCGAUAAACAUGACAUUGAACUGGUGUGGUGAUCCAAAGCAAAGCCAGAACAUUGAAAAAGCUGUCAAAAUGAAUGUAUGUUUACAUAUGCAACAGAUAGUGAAUGCUUCCUGAACUGAAGCAUGCUUUGUUCAUACCAUCCGUUUGGUAGAUGACCUCAUGUAAAUGUUUUAAGAGACACUGGUACAUAUACUAUCACAACAAGCAUGACAUACAGACUUUUAAAGUAAAGCAGUGCUGUAUACAUUCCAAAUCUGCCAUUGCUUGUUUGUAUUUUGAAAACUGAAGUUAAUUUUUAUUAUUGCAUAACCUGCACUGUAGCACUCAUGAAAUGAGCUAGUAGACAGCAGGUGUAUUAUAUUUAAAAGUUGAGAGAUGGAAGAAUAUACUUUAUUUUGUAUAAACAUGAUGCAUGGUGAUCUUUCCAACAUGGAUUCUCAGCAAGUUACUGUACAAAUUUUGCAGAACAAUGAUCUAAACUGUGAAAAUGUUAGACCCACAAAUUUUUUAAGAAAUAAAUGCAAAUAAUUUAUACAGUG